AUGUCCCACAACAUCCUCAUCACCGGAGCGUCCGGCUACCUAGGAGGCACCGUCCUAGCGCGCUGGAAGAACGCAAACCUCCCGCCAUACGGCAUACUAUACGCAUUGGUCAGAUCAGAGGAUCAAGGCGAACAAGUGCAAAGACUAUAUGGUGCAGAGCCCCUUGUUCUCAAUGUCAGCGAUCACGAAACCGUCACCCAGACCAUCAUCGACAAGCAAAUCACUAUUGUCUACUACCUCAUCGAUGCCUACUCAGCAAAGCAUCAACCGGCAUUCAUCAAAGGCCUAGGAGAGGUCAAGAGGAAAACAGGCAAAGACGUACAUUUUCUGCACAUGACUGGCUCAAAGCAGUUUAGUCGACAUGCGGGCGUCUCUGUCGAUCAGGUACUGUUGGAUACGGAUCCGAGAUUGUACGAUAUUCAGAAGGGGGCGAAGUCCAAGCAUCAAUUUGCUGCUGAAUCUGCCAACACCAAUGCCACUAUCAUCGACACAGCCGAAGCACACGGCGUGUCGAGCUACAUCUUCGCUCCGUGUCUUGUAUACGGCCAGGGGGAAGGGUUCGGCAGCCGGACUUCGAUCCAAGAUGUUGAUAUUGUUCGCGCUGCUUUAAAGCUGCGUCGGGUUUAUAAGGUUGACACUGACGAUCCUAUCUGGCCUGUGUGCCACGUCUCCGAUACAGCAGAGUUGUACCUGCACAUUCUCCGGAGGAUACUAUCAGUUUACAGCGCGAUGGCUAGGGCGCUUGCAAAGCAUGGAUUGGUUGAGGAUGAUGUUGUUGCGCAGGCUGAUGAUGAAGUGUUGGCGAAGAUGGGCGAGGCGCUUGGUGUUGCACCGGAUGAGGUUCCGGUGCUUAUUGGGGGGAGGUGUAUGUUUACGCCUGAGCAUGGACGGAAAAUUGGAUGGGAGCCGCAAUAUCCGCCUCACCAUAUACUCGAUGUGACCGACGAUGAAGUUGAGUUUAUCAUGAAGGAGCUGGAGGGCGGUAAUAAGCGACCGGAUAUUAGGUAG